GGUUCCGGAAAGAUAUGCUUGAAGCUCUGGGAGUUUUCUAUGAAUAUUCAAGAAGAGGUGGGAUGUACAUAAACUCUUGCUUCACUCAUUGUCAAAGUGAGACACAAGAUACCUGGUUUGCAGUUGACUCUCCUCGAAUAAACAACAAGACAAUUGCACAGGCAGUUGGCGAUUGGUACUUUAGUAGAAACGUGAGCAAGGAGAUUGAUUGUGCAUAUCCUUGUGACACUACUUGCCACAACAUGAUUUGAUACAGAGAUCUCGUACAUGCUAAUUUUCAGAGGGUAAUUGGAACCCGGAAACUCAGCUAUACACAAUCAUACAGACAAUACUGGUUAUAUACUGCAGAUUGAUUCUUUUAAAAGUGGGAUGCAGGAAGGAGUAGGUGUUCUUUUUAUAAGAUUUUAUAAAUAUAUAUUGCAGAGUAAAAAGCAGUUUUCUUGUAUUCUGAGAGGAGAGAUGUUGGAGAUGCUGAUUAGUCACAUAGAACAAAUAUGUAUAUCACUUUUAGCAAAGAAUAUGAUAAGGAUUCCAUACAACCGAUUCUGAACUUUUAUGUUCAAAUAUCAGGCCAAAGAAAUAUAUUCACUAAUCACUAUGACACUAUUAAUGGACUAAAUAAUUUCAUUG